AACCGCGCUGCAUUAUGGGGUUCUCGGGGAUCCCCGGAAACGGACUUGUGUUUGUUUACUGUCACUACCCGAUCCGUACGUGACAUUUACAUCGCGUUCAUCCACAAUGCCGCCUGUGUUUUCUGUGUUUUAGCUGUCAAAGGGUUGAAAACAUGGUGCAAACGUGCUCGGUCAUCAACUGUCACGCGCGCUCACACGACCGCUUCGGGAAAAAGAAGGAAGGGUUGAGGUUUUUCAGUUUUCCGGCGUGGAAACAAGGCCAAGGACCUCGGAUCUCCGAACUUACAAAGAGACGCCGAUUGGCAUGGAUAGCAGCCGUGAGAAGUCCAGGCCUCUCUUUCAGCGGCAUGUCCAAAUACACGUGUGUGUGUUCACGGCAUUUCCACGGCGGGAAACCAGCUUAUGAAACCAACGAAUCCCACCCAGACUGGGCCCCCUCGUUACAUCUCGGGCACACGAAGGUGACGGCCGCGGACAAGGAACGAUUUCAGCAGAGGAAAAGGAGAUGGGAUACUAUACUGGCAUCAGGCGGUGCGGCUGCUUCACCUGCGCCCGCGGAUGUGAACGAAGAGUCGGCGACCGCAGCAGCAGCUCCACGGGGCUCAGACCAACAUGGAGCAGCACACGAGGGCACGCAGGGUCCCCCGCAGAACUGCACGUUGGACAUCGAUCAAUGUGUCAGCUGCAAAAACGUGUGUGGACAGAUGAGGUCCAUGCACGCCGAGUUGGACCGCUUGCUCGAGGAGAACGAGACUUUAAAGAAAGAGCUGUCGGCGGUGAGGCUGGACGAGGAGUUCUUCGGCGAGGCCGACGAAAAAGCCCGAGACGACAAGGUGAAGUACUACACCGGACUGCCGCGCUGGAGCUUACUGCACGCUCUGCACGCCGCCAUUACCCCAUGCCUCACAAAAGGAGGCAGGAAGGUCACUCCUUUCCAAAUGCUCCUCCUGACUCUGAUGAGGCUGCGGCUGGAUCUGUCCGAGCAGCACCUGGGCUACCUUUUCCGGAUAAGUUCCGAAACAGCGUCUAAGAUGUUUAGGAAGACACUGGACGCCCUGCAUCUCCAUCUGUCGCCUUUAGUGCGCUGGCCUGCCAGAGAGUGUCUGCUACACACAACGCCGCGGCAGUUUAGAGAGGCCUUUGGCGGCAGGGUCGCCGUCAUCCUGGACUGCUUCGAGGUCGCCACCGAGAAGCCGCCGCAUUUAAAGGCGCAGUCGGAGAUCUACGCUCAGUUCAACCAGAAAGACGCUGUCAAGUACCUGCUUGGCAUCACGCCACAGGGCGCGGUCUGUUUCGUUUCUGAAGGCUGCGGGCAGCGGGUGAGCGACAAACGCCUCACCGAGCAGUGCGGCAUCCUCCAUAAACUGCUACCAGGGGAUUUUCUCUUAGCGGACCGGGGGUUUAACGUGGCCGAUGAGGACGGCCUGAUGUGCGCCGAGUUGAAAGCCCCCGGCUUUACGAGGGGGCGCGCUCGGAUGCGCCCAAAAUGGCCGGCGGAGACGCAGCAGAGAGCACAGCUGAGGGUCCACGUGGAAAAAGUGGUGGGUCUGGUACGCGACACGUACAGCAUAUUGCAGCACGCCUUGCCCAUGAGCACGCUGGCUCCGCUCGGGGGCGAGGCAUUUUCCUUCAUAGACAAAAUCGUGACUGUGUGCUGUGCUUUAACUAAUAUGUCCCCCAGUGUUGUGUUGCAACCAGAGGACCAUGUGAUUCCAGGUAGUGACGGAGAAACGGAGGGAAUCGCAGACGACGUAACAUCUGUGAGGCCGAAUGCUGGCAAAGAGUUCAUGUGACAGAUGCUUUUCUGCAUCAUGUCUGACGCACCUGUGGCUAAAAAUAAAAUGAAUGGCUUUUAAUCUC